AAUAUUUGUUAUAAUACAAGUUUUAGGUUGACUAUAUUAUCAUCAGUUGUGUGUUGAUAAGUACAUUUUUUCUAAUCGCGUCUAAUUCACUACUUCGUAAAACGUUUUACAGCACUCACAAGAACGUAAAAGCAAUAACAGAGAAAUGCAGUUAAACAUAACUGAAGUUGGUGCCAUAGAGUAAGGUAAGGAUUGCAGCGUCGGCAGAAAAUUAUUAGAAGUUUCCAGAAUAGCUGUUACAUUAAAUAUUUAAAAGCACAAUCAAAAGAAAAUAAAACCAAACGCACAAAAUGCCAAUACAAGGUGAUGAAUUAUUACGCGCAGUUGCCAUAGUUGCAGACAGAGAAGAUGUUCGUUUCACUGUUAAGGAGGUUGGAAAGGGAGCCGUUGUUUGCGCUGCAACAACUUUCAUAGCUGGGCUACUAAUGGGACCGGUUGGAAUGGCUAUAGGUGGAGCUGCAGGUGGCAUUGCUGCUUAUUCCAUGAGUGGUAACUUCAAGUCUUUAAGUGAUAUAAUACGUAACGAUUUAACGGACGCACAAAAAAGAGAACUAGUGGAUCGCAUCCAGACAGCUGCUAGAGGAGUAAAUGCCGCUGACAUUGCUAUGUUAGCACCGCUAAUCUUAAAUAAUUCUUCAAUGCAAACGUUAGUUCUUGAAGUUGUGAAGAAUUUCGUAACAAGUGAGCUACGAUGUCAAAUCGUUGACUAACAAAUUGUGUUAGGAAAACAUACUGUGAAAAAUUAUUUCUGUACUCAAGAUUAUUAUUCUCUUUAUAUAUUUAAUGAAUGUAAGCGUUUAUUAUUUUACGUUUUU